CCGUCUCCAUUGGCCGGCGCUAGGGAGCGGUGAGCCAAUCGGGCGGCGGGGAAGGCGGGUCAGGGCGGCGGCCAAGAUGGAGGAAUACGCGCGUGAGCCCUGUCCCUGGAGGAUAGUAGAUGACUGCGGAGGUGCUUUCACGAUGGGAGCGAUAGGAGGUGGCAUUUUCCAAGCUAUCAAGGGGUUCAGAAAUUCCCCAGUGGGUGUAAACCACCGGCUGCGGGGAAGUUUGACAGCUAUUAAAACAAGAGCUCCACAACUGGGAGGUAGCUUUGCUGUCUGGGGAGGUCUCUUCUCCAUGAUUGACUGCAGUAUGGUCAGAAUGAGAGGGAAAGAAGAUCCGUGGAAUUCAAUCACAAGUGGAGCCCUGACUGGAGCCAUAUUAGCUGCAAGAAAUGGACCUGUUGCCAUGGUCGGAUCUGCUGCGAUGGGAGGAAUUCUCCUAGCUUUAAUUGAAGGAGCUGGUAUUCUGUUAACGAGAUUUGCCUCCACGCAGUUUCCGAACGCCCCUCAGUUUUCAGAUGACCCCUCCCAGUUGCAGCCCUCUCCGUUUGGCGACUACCGGCAAUACCAGUGACCGCCCUCAUUCUCCUAGUUCCUAUCCUACCCGAGCUGUAAUUUAAAAUGCUGGAGGACCAAGACGCGGUAUGUCUUUACACCAGUGGUAGUCUCUUACACAAACCAUGCCAAGAUGACCUUCAGCACUUUUCAGUGUAAAGCUGCACAGGAGAACUUUUAGAAGAUGACAAAUCUAUUUAUUUGUGAUAGAUUCCAUUGCUGUAAUGUUGAUACGUGUCUGAUAGAAUACACGGAGAUUUAAGACAAGGACCAAAUGGAGUCUUGUCGUCCUUUGGACGUGGACUGAAGUCUUUGGAGUCUUCUCUGGGAUGUGGCAUUGACCAUCCACAGUGAACGCAGCUGGAAUUUAGCCUCUUCCCCGUGGAUUUAGGUUGCUACACAUAUUUCAGCUUAAGGAAAAUAAUUCAUCUACAUGCAGUUUUACAUUCCUAAAGUGAAUAUUAUUGGGGGAAUGUGCAAGCCAGUGAAAAUAACCUCCAGCAAUAUCUAUUUCACUGCUGUACUUUGUUUUCUACGCUACCGCCAUGCACCCUAAGUUCUUUGGUUAAAGCAGAAUCUGCCUUUUGUGGAUCCUUUCCUUAAACCCGUGAGGCUUUGAGCCCCUUUGAGCAAGAGGUGGCAGCAAACUCAUUCUUCACCUCUGCUGCUGCUCCUCACUGUGGCUUUCACAGCAUAAAGCCGGAAAGGGAACAGCACAGACAGAUUGCCCUCCUGGAACUGUGCAGUGAGAUGCGGGUAGUGAGCCCCGAAUGGAAAACAUGAAGCCCUGCGGGGCUGGAGGGGGAAGCGCAGCACCUGCUGCCAGCACAGCCUCUUGCCUUUUCACCCAAGACCCAGUCGUAAGCACAAUUAAAACAUCUGCCCCAUGUUUCUGUCCUUAAACUCCAGUUCUGGAGGCCAUGUUCCCUUUUGCCAGCAGUUAAAAAAAUCAUAUCCGGUGAGGUUUUCUGUUGUUAAUACUCAUGCUUGCUGGCAUCUCCUGAUAGCGUAUCCAUAUUCAGACAGACUUGAGUACCAUUAUCUGAGCUGUUUCGUGGCUUUUCCUCUGCCCAGACAGGAGCUUGAUCUCUGCACUGUGUCAGGAAACUGUCAGCCUGAGGAGGAGGAAAAUGACACCGAAGGGGUCACAGUAAUGGUUGACAAAUGGGUGAAUUAGGAUUGUAGGAAGCGUGCAUGCCAGUGCAAGAUCCUAACCAUCUCCUAUGUCCUGGUGUCCUGUAAAAGUGACAUUUUCCUGUGUCCACCCCCUGCCUGUCCCAAAACCCCUCCAGGAUUGCUGGGACUUGUGUCUCUGUACCUUGCAGGUUCCUAUAGCUGCUGCUGGUGCAUAAUUUCCAAAAACCUCAAGCACAGAAGCAGAGAGAGUGUGUGUGUGUGUGCACACAUGCUCCUCUUGCUUUGCCACUUACCUGGUUCCUUGGGUGACUUUUUGAGACACUUUUCUUGACUUGUGCUGCUUAGCCAGGGCUCUCCUGUUCUGGUUGAGACCCUGGCUGUAGGGGAGGGGGGUCCCUGGUCUUUGAGGGGGAAUUACACUCAGCUCUCAUCAGCUGCAGAGCCUCCCGUGUAUCCAAAUCUGCACCAUUACUCACCAGAUGUUUUCCCCUGUUCUUUCUAUAGGAUUAGAGCGCUUGGGUGUUCAAAUGUGUGUGCAGGUUUUGUUCUCUGGCCCAGCUGUUACACAGCUGAGCUGUCCUGAGGGGUUUGCUGGGAGGGGAGAGGAGGGGAGAGGACUCAGCUGUCCAGACAUCCCCAAAAAAGUGCCAUACAACCCUACCCACAGUAGCAGGGACAGAGUGACUGGCCCCCGCUUCACCCCUCUCUAAGGUGAUGGACUUUAUUCAGCUCAGCUCUUCCCCUCUAAUCCCCCCCCGACCGUCUGUGCUGCAUGGUCACUCACACGCUUCUACGCAAGAAGCUGCUGAUUUAGGGUGUCAUCCUUUGGUGCCCCUGCACCAACCAGGCUGCAGCAUCUUUUCUGCCCGGCUUGAGAGUCCUUUGCAGUGCCCAGGAGGGAGGGCGUUUGAGGGGACACGCUCCUAGGGCUGCUCAGAGCCCUGAGGAGCUUGUUCUUGGCACCCACCCCAAAAAAUGAGACAGACACCGCCAGCACGACACUGAACUAUUGACCUUUUUAUUUCAAUCAGCUACAGCAGCUCUACAUUCCCCUAAAACACUGUCCUUCCUUUACUACCACAGACAGCGAGGGAGCCGAGUACACUGCGGUGGCAGCAAGUCUUUUUAAAGCUUAGUAUUAAAUAUUAAAUAUUCUCUCAUUUCUGUUUA